CGACCCUGUAUCAAUGUAUAUUCCUUAGUAUAUUGUAUUUUGCAUUCAUUGCAUUGUGCACAAGACUACUGUUGGUAAAUACCGGUAUGAAGUUAUUUCGUUGCACAUUAUUGGUUUGAUAAGCAAGACCUAAGUAGUCGAAUCUUCAAAAUGUUUUGCAGUCAAAAAUAUUUAUGGAUUACAAUGUUUGUAUUAUUUUUACAUUUUACUUAUCCUGUGGAGAGUCAAUACUACCAUUAUGAAGAAGAACAACCUUUUUUUCUAGAAAGUAUGAAUUAUUUUUUUAUGUUUUAUAUAGCAAACCUUUGUAAUUUCUGUAAAACAUUCGUUACGUUUCAUUUUAUUCUAUUUAGUACUGUAAUAUAAUUAUUAUGGUUAACUUAUGCCUCUGCCUACCCCGCAAGGGAGUACAUUAGUACAAGGCGUGACUGCAUGCUUUUUUUUUAACUUUUAGCGUACCUAUUAACGUACAUAUAUCGUAGUUAAUAUAACUUAAUCAUGAUCGCCAUAUAUAAUAGUAUAAUAUAAUAAUAUGAAUACCUAUGAAUCGUUAAUGCCCCUAAAUCCUUGGUACUUUUACCAAUGCCAUUAUAUUUUAUAAACUGUCAGAAAACCUCUAAUUUUCGUACGCAAAAUACCUAAAUUUAAUACUUAACCAACUUUUUUUCAGAUAUUCAACAUAUACAUCCCCGAACUUACAUAUUCAGGUCAGGACCGUCUAAAAAGUACCAAGAUGGAGUGUUGGUUGAAGGCUUUCACUCCACUAUGUUGGUGGUCAAGCUGAUCACUUCAACUGUGUACGAGCCUUAUGAACCGAUCGCGUAUAACAUCUUCAAGGCGCCACUUUAUACGAAAUCCUAUAGGUGGCUGGUUAGGCAUGUGGACUUAUGGAGCCACUUCCUAGCAAGACAAGGAGUCUACCCGAGCACGCACCAACUGCACGCCAACAGAUACUUGUAUAAUGACCGGAAACUACCGGGUUUUAUUAAGUCCCUACUUUUUUUUGUUAAUAAAAAAAGUUGGGAAGAAGAGGAGCUGGAUGAGCGAUUAUUCGCGACCGUCGCGAAGAAGUUUAUUGACACACCAAGAGAGCCUAGAGGAUAGGUUUAUCUUACAUAUUAUACAUAUUUACUUUUAUGUAAAAAUAGAUAAAUGUGUGCUAAGUACUUUUUCUGUAUUUCUUAAGUGAGAGUUUAUUCUCCUCCAAAGAGAGUCGCAAACCAAUCGCAAACUGUCGGGUUCCCCUCAUCUCGCCUAAUCUUUAUUGCCCUAAACUAAUUUCGCAUAACUCGUAAGGUCUAAACUUUUUUGGUAGAAUCAUCAC